AUGGAUAGAGCCUCGAAAGUUAAGGCAUGGGCUAAUUAUAUCAAGUCACAAGAGUGGGUAUUUGAAGAUACUGCUUCAAUUGGAAAAGCGAAUAAUUUGCAUGAUUUACUUACUUCAAUCCCAUGUUUUAAUUCGGGGGAGCUGGCAAAUCGAUUAUCAAGAAACAUCCUACCAUUAGGAUUUCAUUUCCUAUAUAACAAUUCUUCUAACAUUCAUUUGGGUGCAGAUGGAUACGACAAUUAUCAAGCCCCUAUUGAUAUGCAGAAUGGCUCAGAGCUAUUCAGUAGAAGAAUGUGGGUAGGAGGAAACGUCACAUUUUUUGGCCAUCCGAUUGCGUUGAACUCUUCGCUUACAUGCAAGGAAUUGGUAAAGUCUGUAAGACAUUUGGGAGCUUCAGCUUUUGUUAGUAUCGAUAGAAGCUUUUAUGACAAGCAUAGUUGUUUACUAUUAAGGGAAAACAGGAACUUGGUGUAUACGAAUACACGACAUAAGCCGAAAAGCAGCACACUGGAAAACGCAUUCAGUUCCUUGUGUGAUAUUGAAGAUGAAAAAAGGGUGACCUUAUCUUUGAGUAUGGAACAAAUUAUGAAGUAUAGUUUUUUAACAUACAAUAUGCAUAAAAUUCAUUACGAUAGGCAAUAUUGUGCUGCACAAGAACAUUUACCUAACAUCCUUGUUCAAGGGCCAUUCAUGGUGACUUUGUUGUUGUACUGGUUCAAUUUAAAUAAUACAGCACCAGGUGCCCUAAGUUUCAGCUAUAAGAAUCCGGAGCCAUGCUUUGAAAAUGACUGCUUAACUCUUUCUUUUGCUAAACGAGACAAUAGAGACUACCGUAUGGGAAUAUUUAAUGCAAACAAUACCAAGCGGUUCCUUGUGGGCUCAUUGAAGCUAAAUUAA